AGCUCCCCCACCCCCUGUUCUCAAAACCCUGAAUCCGCCCUUGUUAUAUAAUGCCAAGUGAAUGUAGGCUUAAUCCUAAGGGUGCUUCGUCAGGCUAUAGUAAAUGGACAUGGGGUGGGGGUCGGGGUGGGGUUGAUCAUACAUUUUGUAGUACGACAAUGACAUGACAUAGGCCGCUUACCAAGCCCACUACAGCACAGGCACGUUCAACAGUACCUGCCCGUACAAAUCAUGAAAUACAACAUGCAGAGCUGAACGUGCCACCGUUAGCGGUUUCUGAGGCCUACACAAUGACAUACAUCAUACAUGACAGUAACAUUUCUUUUAAAUUCAGUUUGGACAACUGAAAAAAGCAAGUUGGCACUAUGGCAAUGUUGGGCACAGCCAACGUGAUGAAUGAAAAUGGACCUUCAAACGACAUGGAAGGAGUCCCAAGACCCACUGUCAAUUGGGAAGUCAAGCCUUCAAAAAGGAAACGUUUCCCGAUUGGACAGUGGGCCAGGGACCAGAAACUUAAAACGGUGAAAGAAGCAUCCAACACUCGAGCGGAACAGUUACAAAGCGACAUUUACAGAAAGGAGGAAAGGAUAUCUGAGUUAAACGCACAUAUUGAGUGGCUAGAGCGCCUAGAGGUGGAUAAAAAUGCUAAUAUAACCCCAAAGAUUAUGAGGGACAAGCAAGUUCAAGUUUGUAGCAAUUCGGCUAACCAGCUGUUAGUGGAUCAAGAAAAUGGUCAAAUACCUGGCAAACAAAAGACUCCAACGCAUCUUAGCCCUGCUAAUCCAGAUCAGUGCAUGAUGAGUAGGAGUACAACUUCCGCUCGUAUGAAGGAGACCACCAAGGCAAUGAAGCUCAUUCAUGGUAACAAUAUCAAAAAUGUAAAAGAUGCCACUUGGCUCUCACUUGUAAAGCUCUGCACACCUAAUGAAUUGAAUGAUUAUAUCCAAAGAAGUAAGUCAUGUAAAACUGCAUUGUUUAAAAAGGGCAAGGUGAAAAAGCGAAAGAAAAUUCAGGAAAGAAAUGCUAGAAAGAAUGUAGUGAGGUGUGUUGAAACACUUUAUAAGGGUGGGAUGAUUUCUAGUAGAAAAUACAACUCCAUUAGAUGUUCUAAUCUAGGUCAUAGUGAGCCAGAAUCAUUGACAUACAAGGAACUGAAACAGGAAUUAGAUGCUAUCAUGGAAGAAACUAGAACUCAACCAGUAGAAGGUUGUGGUGGAGUUUACAGGGAUUUUGAGACAACGCUCUUGAAACUAGCAGAAAUCUAUUUGAAAAUAGAUGGUGUUCUUGUUGAGCAGAGUGGCAGUGGUUUGAAUUGGUUUGGAAAAAACAGGGGUAAUUUUGCUAUUGCCAUUGGGGCCGAUGGUGCUCCGUCGGGGAAGCACAAUACUAAAACUUCGCUACUUCUCUCAUUUGUCAACGCCGUUGACCAGGUGUCCAGUUGUGAUCACAACUAUCUCAUUUUUGGUGCAGAUCUUGCCGAGGAUGAUCCCAUUUUCUUUUCACAUCUAGCUAAAAUAAUUGGAGAUAUGGGGUCCAUUGAACGAAAAGAAUAUGAGGUUCUUGAAACCAAAGUCACAUUUAGUCUUGAACUCAUACCAGGUGACUGCAAAUGGAUUGCAUCUGCAUGUGGUGAACUAUCAAAUGCAGCAACCUACCCCUCCUCCUUUGGUAAUGUAACACAAAGUUCUCUUUCUACAUUAAAUGGCAGUAUUGGGGAAAGUGAAGAUGAUACUUGGCACCCAUGGGGGUAUCUGGAAAGACUAGAAACGGUUAAAAAAGUGGCAGCAUUGAAAAAAACUGUCUUUCAGCGCCCUAAGAUUACUAAGUUCAUUGCACAGCAGCAGUCACGGCAGGAAUUUGCCCCGGUACUCAGGAAAUAUACUGAUAAAUGCUAUAUUGACCCACUUCAUGUGAAGAAUAAUGCUUGCCAACAAAUGAAUAAUUUGUUGAUGAUGGAAGUGAUCAAUUUGACCAAGGAGGCUGUGCUGAAAAAAAACUUGGAUUGUCCAGAGUUUGUUGAUUCACCGAUCGGACGGUAUCUAUCUGCUUUGAAAAAUGAGAUAAAAGCUGGUAAACUUCAUCACAGAAUCUGCAAGUGGUACAAAGAGGUCCAAACUCAACUUUCUCGGAAAGGUGUAGCUUCUAAAUGUACUGUGAGAUUUACAGGUGAAGAUUCACUUAAGUUCUGUAAUGGGUUCCAUAACUUGACCAGCAUCAUCUUUUCUGCAAGAAUGGACGGGGAGGAGAUUGGAAACAAAUGCCUCCGCCCUUUGGUGCUGCACUUCUGCUGCACUGUGUUAAGGGAAGCUGUUGCAUUGUUUUCAAAGACAAAGUUCUCUGAGUGCGACUUAGUCCGACUCAGGCAUGUUUGCAAGAUGUACCAUGCAGCUCAUGCACUUUUCCUUACUGGAGUUUCCCUCACAACAUGGCACAUUGGUUACGCUGUUCCUUACCAUGCUACUAUUAUCUACCAUAAGUUUGGUGUUGGUUUGGGAUUAAAUUCUAUGCAGGGCAGGGAAGCAAAACACCAGCAGAUUGACAUGUAUCAGAAGUUCACAACAGCUCAAAACAAAUGGGCUCUGACAUUCAAGCAUGAGUAUGUCCAACUCUUUUGGUUGAAGGAACAGGGCAUUGCUUCAGAGGCUCGAGACAUGGCAAAGUCAGUUGCAUGUGUUCAAAACAUUGCCUGAUCAGUGCAGGUGUGGCAUUAAAAAGAAGAAUGACAAAUGCAUAUACUGUGACCACUUUAUCACAUCGUUGAUUACUGCAAGCUGUUGUAAGGGGAUGAUCGUUCCACAGCUUAGGCAAAUUGUUGAUUCUCGAUGAAGAUGAUGAACACUGACUGCAAAAUACUGUCCCUUGUGGUUACAUAUCAGGUUCAUCAUAAGGCUGGCCCAAAUUUAUUGUUUGUUCCCAAUAACCCGACCGACCAACCAAAAUCAUGCCAACCCAAAAGUUUUUAUUGGCAUUAUUGUCUUUUUAAUAACAUCAUGGAGUUUUUUUUAAACUUUCCUUUGAUUCACUGGAAAUUAUUAUUAGAAUAUCAUUUGCCUACCUGCCUACCUGCCUUCCUACUUACCUUGUGUGAAUACCUUGGUUACUGCAAUCAGACAAUUAAUUUGGGCCAGCCUAAGUGUGAAAUGUGUUACUGCAAUGUGCAGUACUAAUUUAUGAAAUGUUAUCAAUUUCAAAUAUCAUUAUCAAAAUGGACAUUGACAUUUUACACCGUUGUUGGUUUACGAUGCAUGUAUACUGUUAUGAUUGUAUUAUUUGAAUUAAUUUACUAGUAUUUUACUGACUUUUAUUUUAAAAUUGUGCCGUCCAUGUGGUGUAAGACCUGUGAAUUUCAUCAUAAUUGUAAAAUGUGUACAUUUGUAUGUUUAUUGCGUAAUUUAUGUUAUCGUUAUCAACACUCAUCAACUUGUUGAGAAAAUAAAUAGUUACAUUGAGA